AUGCUCGAUGCGCAUGAGAAUUUGAGAUGUGGCGAAGAAACGAUCGUCGUUCCAUUUAUUCUUGGUGAUCGAGAGCGCUGGUCCAAAGGAAUGUUGAUAGGCACCCGCGUGACGGAUGAGGUUGUCGACGCGGCCGUGUCGGCAUUUAUUUCCGAGAUCAUCGCCAAGCACGGAGCCCCGGCCCAACGUUACUGUAACAAGGACCCGUUUUCCGCGUGGCAUUACGAGUAUUUGGGGAAAUUAUACCCGAAUGCAAAGUUUUUGCUGGUAGUACGCGACCCUCGAGCCGUCGUGCAUUCGAUUCUCUCCAGGCAACUGCCAGUUUCCGGCUUUAUCACGAGUGAUAUUGAGGGCUGUUUCCGGGUGUGGAACUCGCACAUGGAAAAGAUGAUCAAGCAGUGCAAAAGCGUUGGUGAUCGGUGUUUAUUGGUCCACUACGAGUCCCUCGUCCUCACGCCACGCGAGGAAAUGACGGAUAUACUGGAAUUCCUAGAAGAGCCGUUCUCCGAAAAAGUGCUUGAGCACGAGAAGCUGAUCGGCACGGAUAUACAAUUAAAUCCGCUCGAAUUCAGCACCGGCCAGGUGACCCAGCGGCUCUACCAAUCGGCACUCCAUCUCUGGAAGAACUACUUUUCCGAGUCCCUACUCCGGAAAGUUAGAGAGCUGGCGCCACUGAUGGAGGGAAUUAGGCUACGUGCCCAGUGUACUCGACCCGGACUAUGCGCAGUUCCGCAACACCAAGCAAUGAUGAUCUCAACGCCUAUCGCGACGCAGCCUAAUUUUUCGCGGUCUCGACAGUACAAAUGUCUCGUU